GGCAGAGGGGCCGAGGGACAGCAUGAUGAUGGACCUUUUCGAAACCGGCUCCUAUUUCUUCUACUUGGACGGGGAGAAUGGGGCCCUGCAGCAGCUGGAGAUGGCAGAGGGCUCGCCGCUGUACCCGGGCAGCGACGGCACCCUGUCCCCGUGUCAGGACCAACUGCCGCCGGAGGCCGGCAGCGACAGCAGCGGCGAGGAGCACGUGCUGGCCCCGCCGGGCCUGCAGCCCCCGCACUGCCCCGGCCAGUGCCUCAUCUGGGCCUGCAAAACCUGCAAGAGAAAGUCGGCCCCCACCGACCGGCGGAAAGCGGCCACGCUGCGGGAGCGGAGGAGGCUGAAGAAGAUCAACGAAGCCUUCGAGGCUCUGAAAAGGCGGACUGUGGCCAACCCCAACCAGCGGCUGCCCAAGGUGGAGAUCCUGAGGAGCGCCAUCAGCUACAUCGAGAGGCUGCAGGACCUGCUGCACAGGCUGGAUCAGCAGGACAAAAUGCAGGAGGUGGCGGCGGACCCCUUCAGCUUCAGCCCCAAGCAGGGAAACGUCCCCGGCUCCGACUUCCUGAGCACCUGCGGCUCCGACUGGCACAGCGCUUCCGACCAUUCCCGCGCGCUGGGGGGCAGCCCCAAAGCAGGGGGCUCCAUGGUGGAGUCGUCGGCCUCCAGCAGCCUGCGCUGCCUCUCCUCCAUCGUGGACAGCAUUUCCUCCGACGAGCCCAAGCUGCCCGGCGCGGAAGAGGCGGUGGAGAAAUGAGCGUCGCGGCGGCGCGGCCGCCUCGGGGCACGCUCCCCCCGGCGGAACGGCCCUCGGAGACCCGAGCCGCACGGACUCUUUCCUCACCCCUCACCGUAUCUCCCGUUUUGUUUUCUCGAAGUUUUGACCCACAGACCACCCCCAUCCUUUUUUUUAUUUUAUUUUAACUGACGGUACUUAGCGGUGUACCGGCGGAGCGGUCGCCCUGCGCCCAGCCGAGCAGUCCAUUCCUGUCAGGGUGAAGCCGUUCGGCUGCGUUUCGCGUGCGUCGUGCUGAGAGCGUCCCCGCCUCGUUUCCCGUCUGUAAAUAAUUUCAGUACUGCCUUUUGUAAACGUGACAGAUGUGUAUUUAAAUGAUGGACGUGAUAUUGUAUAUAAGAACGGGUUCCUCGGACUGUAAAAUAAAGUUCUUUGUGUUA